AUGUCUGACGAAUUAACACUCGAGAAUAUGUUGUCGCUAAGGUCCACCAAUGUUUAUAUGAAGGACAGGGUAACGGUUCUUCAAAAAAUCAACAAAAUCAUCAGAGACGGCGCGAACAAGUUGCAGCUAGUGGCGGAUUUCGAUCGCACGCUGACGAAGCAACACGAAAAUGGAGUGCCGUUUUUUACCAGUGCCGGCAUAUUUGAACAAUGUAAACAACUUCCCGAAUUUGUCAAAAAAGAAGCAGAAGCAUCGUAUGAGAAAUACAGAGCCAUAGAAAUAAAUCCGAACAUUCCACUAGAGGAAAAAGUCAAGGCGAUGGAAGAUUGGUACGCGUCAAAGCAUAAUACAUUUAAAGGAAUUCCAUUUGACAAGAAAGAAAUAGACGAAGUCACCAAAAAAUAUGGUAACUCACUGCGAGAUAGGACAAAGGAAUUAUUCACCAAAUUAAAUGCUCUUGGCGUUCCCAUACUUAUAUUCAGUGCCGGUUUCGGUGAUGUCAUAAAAAUCCAAUUGGAACAACAAGAAGUUUACAUGGAUAACAUUAACUUGAUCUCAAAUUUCUUCAAGUUUAAUGGAAAAAUACUUGAAGGUUUUGAGAAUCCGCAAAGAUUAAUUCAUCCGUUUAACAAAAAUGAACACGCCCUUGAAAACGAGUAUUUUAAAAUCAUUCAGGGACGUGUCAAUGUUGUCCUACUGGGUGAUGCAGAAGGUGAUGCCACAAUGGCCGAUGGAGUAAAAGAUACCGAAACUAUUCUCAGAAUUGGAUUUCUUUACGAUCACGUUGAAAAGUGUUUGCCGUCUUAUCAAGAGGCUUUCGACAUCGUAUUAGUUGAUGACCAAACUAUGAACGUGGUCUUGGAUAUUUUAAAUCCUUUAUUUUAACCUUCUGUAUCCACUUGAAACUUGUAAAA